AUGGUUGCGCGGCUGCGCGCUUUAACUCAGCGCACGCUUACCCUUCUUACCCUAUCUACCGCAACAGCAGCAGGCGCUGGAUACCUCUACCUCAAUUCCGGUCCUGCCUACCCACAAACAACACACGAGUCUCGACGCCCACCACCAUCAUGGUCUCCUCCUCCUCGUGCAGCCAUGAUCGAUGCUUUAAAGCAAAGUACUGGUCCAAAGCCGGGCGAAGACGACGAUGCCCAGUUUGAUAUAUUGGUCGUAGGAGGAGGUGCAACUGGUGCCGGUGUCGCUGUCGAUGCUGCAAGUCGCGGUCUACGAGUCGCCUUGGUCGAGAGAGAAGAUUUCGCUAGUGGUACGUCUUCCAAGUCAACGAAGCUUGUCCAUGGUGGCGUGCGCUACCUCCAGAAAGCCAUACUCGAACUUGACUACGAGCAGUACAAGCUCGUUCGCGAGGCUCUGCGCGAAAGGAGGGUCUUCCUACAGACUGCCCCUUAUUUGAGUCAUAUGCUCCCUAUUAUGCUUCCCAUUUAUAAGUACUGGCAGGUCCCGUACUACUGGUCCGGGUGCAAGUUCUAUGACCUCCUUGCUGGCAAGGAAAACAUGGAAUCCUCGUACCUCAUGUCCAAGGGCAAAGCCCUCGAACAGUUUCCCAUGCUCAAGAGCGACGGGCUUGUGGGAGCUGUGGUCUACUAUGACGGCCAACACAAUGACUCCCGCAUGAACGUUGCCCUCAUCCUCACAGCUAUUAAAGCAGGUGCAACCGUUGCCAACUACUGCGGCGUCACCUCCCUCCACAAAGACCCUACCACAGGGCUCAUCACAGGCGCACGCGUCAAGGACUACAUCGCCGGAGGCGAAUUCGACAUAAUCAUCAACGCCACAGGCCCAUACAGCGACUCACUCCUCUCCCUCUCCUCUCCCACACACAAACCCAUCGUGCGCGCAAGCUCAGGCGUACACAUCGCCCUUCCUUCUUACUACGCCCCUAAAGGCAUGGGUCUCCUAGAUCCUGCAACAAGCGACGGCCGCGUCGUCUUCUUCCUUCCGUGGGAAGGCGGCGUCGUAGCAGGCACCACUGACGAGCCCUACGACAUGCGUGAGCAUAUCAAACUCCAAGAUGAAAAAGACGCGUAUCUAAGCGGUGAUAACAUUCUUCCCCGGGAGUCUGAAGUCCAGUGGGUCAUGGAUGAGGUGCGUGGGUAUCUGAGUGGGGACAUCAAGGUGCGCCGCGGGGAUGUGCUUUCAGCGUGGUCGGGACUGCGUCCGCUUAUUUCAUCUGGCGCGGUGGGCAGUACGGAGGGGUUGGUCAGAAGUCAUGUAGUCAAGGUUGAUGAGGGUGGAAUGGUGACCAUCGCCGGUGGGAAGUGGACUACCUAUCGUGCGAUGGCGGAAGAGGCAGUCGAUGAAGCGAUUGAAGUGUGCCCCGGGCUGAGGGCAAAGGCUCGGAAGUGUCAGACCCAGGAGCUAAGACUUGUUGGAAGCGAAGGGUGGGAUCGCAACAUGUUCAUCGGACUGAUUCAACGCUACGGCCUCCACCCAGAAGUCGCACAACACCUCUCCUCAUCAUACGGUUCACAAGCAUGGACGCUCCUCUCGUCAACGGCCCAGACGGCCGCUUUGGACCCACACCGCGCUCUCUCCGCCCCGUAUCCCUUCACACACUCCGAAAUCACAUACGCGCUCACGCAUGAAUACGCACAAAAACCACUCGAUGUGCUCCUACGGCGCACACGCCUAGGUUUUGUCGACGCACGCGCAGCACUCGGUGCACUAUCAGAAGUUGUACAGGUCAUGGGCGAUACCCUGGGGUGGGAUACGAGACAGAGGAGGGAAGAAACGAAGAAGGCAGAGGAGGUGCUGCGCGGGAUGGGUGCGGGUGGACGGAUCGAAGUGGGUACAGCUUCGUCGGGAGAAAGCUGGUUACGCAUAGGAGAGGUACAGCGGCGUGUGUGUGCACUGUUUGGAUUCUGUCCUGCGCUUUUACGCCCGUCUUCAACGGGUGCGGCGACGUAUCCGCGCACGUUGUUUCAGCUGGGGGAGAUUGAGGUGCUGAGGGAGGUGUUUGGGCGGUAUGCGCGUGUGUGUGGCGAUUCUGGUUCUGGCUCCGAUUCUAAGCCUGGUUUUGGUUUGGGGGCGCAGGAUCAGAUGAGGAUGCCUGUAUCGAUGAUACGAGAAGCUGUGCAGUCUGUAGCGGGGCUUGGGUAUGCUUACGAGGGUGUGCGGGAGUCGGACUUCCGCUACGUCCUAAGGGAGGUGGGGCUUCCUGAUUUGCCUGAAGGAAAAGGGAAGGGAAGAGAUGUAGAUUUUGAGGAAUUUGUCGAGAUCUGUGGAGAUUUGAAAGACGUUUCGAUCGCACCUGCUGUGAGCAAGAAGGGUGUCCAAAGGAGGAGGAUACCCGUUGAGAAGAGUGGUGGGGGUGUUUGA